GCCGACAGCCGAGGCCACUCAGCGGUACCGUAUCAUACGCCUUCGUUACAGCUUUACGGCAAGGCCACUCGGCAGGUCUGGACAACUUCCAGCACCGAGAAACGGCAUCUAUGAGCCUAAUCUUCCAACGAAACCUUAUCCAUUGGCUGUGUUCCCAACCUUCGGCUCGGUUAUUAUAAUAUUGCGACGUGUGCAUCAUUGCGGGGGAGUUAGUGACUUCUGUCUUCUCCAAAAAGAAGUAUCUUGGAAAGACACCUGUGGAAAUACUACCGUGAUCAAUAAGUUUUCAACAUGUCUUCGCCUCAACAACGACUAUCUUCUAUCGCAAACCAGCUUACGAGCCCUGGUGCUGCGUCCGGAAAGUCAAAGCUCCUCGCGAAGAAUCCUGACGAUGUGGUGAUUACACUCGCCCUGCGGACUCCCCUUACAAAAGCUAGGAAGGGUGGCUUGAAGGAUACCACUUUAGAUGAGCUUCUCAUCUCACUGCUGACGAAUGUGCGCGAGCGGUCCAAACUCGAUCCUAACCUUGUCGAAGAUGUCUGUGUCGGAAACGUCCUUGCCCCUGGCCAAGCUUACAUCGCCCGUUCUGCUGUUCUGGCAGCUGGUUUCCCCGUUACUGCCGCAGCAUCGGUUGCCAACCGAUUCUGUUCUUCUGGAUUGCUGGCGAUCCAGAACAUUGCCAACCAGAUCAUUGCCGGUUCAAUCGAUGUUGGUAUUGCAGUUGGAGCAGAGAGCAUGAGCACCAACCCCGACGACGGUGCCCCAGAGCUAUCCGACAAGAUCACAUCACAUCCAAUUGCCUCCCAGAACAAGCAGCCCAUGGGCCAGACCUCCGAAAAUGUCGCAUCUCAAUUCGGAAUUACUCGUGAAAUGCACGACCAGUUCGCUGCCAAGAGCUACCAGAAAGCAGAGCAUGCCCAGAAAGCUGGCUGGUUCAAUGACGAGAUUGUUCCCGUUCAUACCAAGGUUAAGGAUCCUAAGACUGGAGAGGUGAAGGACGUCGUGGUCGAUCGUGACGAUGGUAUUCGUUAUGGCACAACUGCCGAAUCACUCGGCAAGAUCCGCUCAGCUUUCCCCCAGUGGAAGCCCAGUGCUACAACAGGUGGUAAUGCUAGCCAAAUUACCGAUGGUGCCGCAGCAGUCGUCCUCAUGAAACGAUCUCGUGCACAAGAACUGGGCCAGCCAAUUCUGGCUAAGUUCGGCGGAGCCACUGUUGCCGGCUUAGAGCCCCGAAUCAUGGGAAUUGGCCCGUCUAUCGCCAUUCCUAAGAUCCUCUCCAAGCUCGGCUUGACUAAGGAUGACAUUGAUAUUUUUGAGAUCAACGAGGCAUUUGCAUCCAUGGGUACUUAUUGUGUUCAAAAACUUGGUCUUGACGAAUCCAAGGUGAACCCUCGGGGUGGUGCAAUUGCUUUCGGCCACCCAUUGGGAUGCACAGGAGCGCGACAGGUUGUUACUGCUCUCUCCGAAUUACGCCGACAGAACAAGAAAGUGGCAGUCACAUCCAUGUGUGUCGGAACUGGUAUGGGUAUGGCUGGUAUUUUCGUCUCCGAGGCCUGAAGUUUGAUAUUAAAUCUUAGACUGAAGGCUGUGCAGUCAUGAUAUGUAAAUAUGUUAUACCUAGAAUAUUCCGAGCAUAAUAUGGAGUUCAUGCUGUUAUCUCGCGUUAAAGGAUACACACGUCCAUGUGUCUCGUUACUGGAUCCAGGUUAUGUUUCUGGGUAUCUAGGACCAACCCAUGA